CUAUGAUGAUUGGGCAUGGAAGAUGCAGCUCUACUUUCGACAAAUUGGCCUCUUGAAGCUCAUGAUUGGAACGGAGCCCAGGCCAAAGGAAAUGGCAGAGCAAGCGGACUGGGAUGAACGUUCAUCUGCUGGGUAUUAUCUACUGUCACAAAGCUUGGAGCUGAACCAGAGGCAUCACAUCAUGCAUCUGCUACCGGAAACUGAUUGUGGGCCCAAGGCAUGGGCAGUGCUCAAGGACCUGCACGCUCCGACAUCGGUUGCCGCUUCUCUCAUGCUGGAUCGGGAGCUGUCCAUGCUGCGGUUGAGCGAGAAUGAACCUGUGCAGCCCGUUCUGGACAAGAUGAGGGAACUCUACGCGAAAUUGGCGAUUGCGGGCAUCACGUACCCUGAGCAGACUAAGUGUCUCAAGAUGCUCAGCCUGCUGCCCGAGUCUUGGCUGCAAUUUAUAAGCGGACUCAGCUUGCCACAAAACCAAAGUCAAUGGACAUUGGAGUGGAUUCGCACCAAGAUUCUGGAAGAAGAUUUUCGUCGCUACACACUGCGCGGAGGUGAUGACAGCACCAGCGGCUAUGCCAUGCAAGGGACAUGGAGGGAUCGAGGGCGUGGCAAUCGCGGUCGCUCUUACUACAGCCAAGGUGGUCGCGGGACUUGGAACCAGCGGGGGCGUGGUGGCGCUGGUGCAAGAGGAAGAGGUGGUCACUCCAACAAUGACAACAGUGAACCACGCUUGAGGGGAGAGUGCUGGUAUUGCAAGGAAGAAGGGCAUCCAUGGUUUCGCUGCUCUACCAAGCCCGACUGGUGGACCCCUUGGAACCAAUCGCAAAAGGGGAAUGGAGGAAAGCAACCACGUGGAGGUGCCAACAUGGUAGCUGAUCCUGCUGAAGAAACCUCCAAGGAUGACAGAGGAAUGGGAAAUGAGGAGAGGAAUGCUGGACAGUUCUACCAUGUGUGUGACAAAGAUGACAGAUGUCUUACUCGUACCGGGGCUGAAGGCCAAUCUGAUAUCGCUGCGCAAGCUAGGCCAGGCCGGAGUCAGCACCACCACCAAUGGAUCCAAAACAUUCAAGGGGCUGCGAGGAGAUCGUGUGUUAUGGGAUUUACACGAAAGCAGGGAUGUCUUCAAAUCCAUGUGGCAGAUCCCUGCGCUGAUAUGGGAAUCAACAAAGAAGGAGCUGGGAGUAGUAAAGGCGGGAUCUGGAGUCCAGGGGGAGUGCAAUGCAGUUAGUGCUGCAGGAGUGAUGGUUUCUGCAAGGUCGGGGGAGACUGAUUGGGAAACCGCACACAGGCGUCUAGGGCAUGUGGCUAUGCCAUUGCUGCAGCAACUGCAUAAGGAAGAAGCAGUAAAGGGGCUGAAGCUUUCUGGGCAACCAAAUGAUACCAAGUGCGAGACGUGUCUGCUGAGCAAGUUCACACGGUUCCCCUUUCACGGUGUAGCUGGGAAAAGCAAGGCAGCACUGGAACUGGUGCACAUGGACCUGGUAGGACCUUUUCCAGUUCAAGGAAGAAAGGGGGAAAGAUACUUCCUAACAAUAGUUGAUGACUGGAGCCGGCUGAUGUGGGCAUACCCGUUGAAGCAGAAGGAUCAUGCUGCCUCAACAAUACGAGAUGACUGGCUGCCGCUCGUCGAGCGACAAUCUGGGCACCCAUGCAAGAGCAUCAGAACCGACCGAGGUGGAGAGUUUCUAGGAGGAGAUCUGACUGCGUGGCUCAAGAAACAAGGCAUUGAGCAUCAGCUAACGACGUCCUAUACCCCUCAGUCAAAUGGCGUUGCUGAGAGGGCUAAUAGGACCAUCCUGGAAACUGCGCGAGCGCUGCUGAUCGAAUCAGGGCUGGGGAACUCCAUGUGGCCUCACGCGGUGAGGCAUGCUACAGUGGCAAGGAACCGCGUACUCACAAAGGUAGCUGAUGAUAUGUGGGUGCCGCUGGAGAGGUGGCUUGGAAAGAAGCCUCCAGUGGACAUGCUCAGAGUGUUCGGAUGCAUGGCAGUGGCGCAUGUCCCUAAACCGUACAGGACAAAGCUUGGAGCAUCUGCACUGUGGUGUGUGCACCUUGGGCUUGCGGCAGAGAGCAAGGGGUGGCUACUCUGGGAGCCCUCAAAGAAUGUGCUGUUUGACAGUCGGGAUGUCAAAUUUGUGGAGAACAUCAUGUAUGGCAAGUGGGAGAAGCAGCCGGAGGCAAGGGUCACCCAGCAGCUGGAAGAGAUCACUAUGCACUUCGAUCUGUCCGAACCUGUGGACAGCGAAGUCACUGCGCCAACGGCAAGCGGUACUGAUGAAGGAAGCAAUGAGGAUAUUGCAGCUGAUGCUGAAGUCAAGGAUCCGGAGCAGCAGCAGCAAGAGGCUUCCAAAACACCAAGUCUGCCAAAGCGAAGGAAACAGAUUGGUGGGGGGACAAAGGAUUGGGUGAAGGUGAAAGAAUGGGUAAAUCCAACCAUCUACCCUGCACGUACCAGAAUGGCAACAAGAAAGCUGCUGAGCUCUACAAGUGAAGGAGCCACAACUGAGCAGCAGGAACAGGCUCAAGGCGAAGAUACAGUGCUGUUCUUGGGUGAUGACCAAGAGUCAGAUGACGAGGAGCCUGCAUACUGCUUUUACGCACCAAUACAACCUCCGAGCAUGGAUCAUGCGCUAGCCGGGCCUCAACGGGGGAAAUGGCUCGUUUCAAGAGAUGCAGAGUACAACAGCCAGAUGGAGAACCACACAUGGGACCUGGUGUACUUGCCAAAUGGGAAGAAGGCAAUACAGUGCAAGUGGCUGGCAAAAAUCAAGACGGAUGAGAAAGGAGAGCCAUCAGUUUACAAGAGCAGGCUGGUGGCAAAGGGGUUUCAGCAGAAAGAGAAGGAAGAUUACAAAGAAGUGUUUGCCCCAACUGCUAAGUCUCCAACGCUACGUGUGCUGCUGGCGGUAGCUGCUGUGCGCAAAUGGAAGGUGAAGCAGAUGGACAUCGUAACCGCUUUUCUGUACGGCAUUGUGGAAGAGGAGGUGUACAUGGUUCAACCACCUGGCUAUGAGGAUGGAACCGGUCGUGUCUGCAAACUUAACAAGGCCAUCUAUGGCUUGAAGCAGGCCCCGAGAUGCUGGUACAACAGGCUGGCCAGUGCACUGGAAGGGAUUGGAUUCCGUGCGAGUGCAUGCGACGAGAGCCUGUUCCUGAUGGGAGAGGGGGAGUCACUUGUGCUUCUGCUGGUGUACGUGGAUGACAUCCUGCUCUUCAGCAGCAGUGACAAGGAGAUCGAUGGGGUGCAGCGGAAGCUCACAGAGCAGUUCAAGUGCAAGUCACUUGGACAGGCAAGGUACUACCUGGGAAUGCAUAUUGAGCGGGAUACUGAACGUGGCUGGCUCAAACUGCAUCAGGGACAAUACAUCAACACCUUGGCUGAGAAGUACUCUCUGCAGGAAGAACGGGAAGUGGUCACACCUUUGCCUUCCGAGUUCAAACUCAUAAAGGCAGCUGAAGGAGAAGGAGUUGAGAGUGAAGACCAGAGGCAAUUCCAAUCCAUGGUCGGGAGCCUACUCUACGCUGCUGUGCAUACUCGGCCUGACAUCAGCUUUGCUGUGGGACAGCUGGCUCGAGUAGUGCAAAAUCCAACAGAAGAGCAGUGUGGUGCAGCGGAGAGAGUGGUGCGCUACCUCAAGUCAUACCCUACAGUGGGAGUACAGUAUUCAGCCUCUGCUCAACUCAGUCAAAAAGGAAUUGAAGUCGUCAAAGAGAAGGGGGAGCAGCUCGGAGAAGGAAAGGUGUUCCUUUCCUGUUUUGCUGAUGCCACGUGGGCUUCUGAGCAUGAGGAUUCAUCAUCAGUUCGUGGAUACAUCUGCAUGGUGGGAGGUGGGCCUGUAAGUUGGAGGUCCAAGAAGCAGUCUGAGACGGCACUAUCUUCAGUGGAAUCUGAGUACAUGGCGAUGUUUCAUGCGGCAAAAGAAAUCAUCUGGCUAAGGAGGCUCUUGAAGGAGAUCGGCCAUGAACAGACUUGUGCGACACCUCUGUUCAGUGAUAGCAAGGGAGCCAUUGCCAUGGCACGCAAUGCAGUUCUUCAUGGGUUGAACAAGCACAUGAGGAUCAAGUGGCAUUGGCUGCGGAAGGAGGUGAAGCUUGGGACACUGGAUCCGAUCUACGUGAAAACUCAGCAACAGCCAGCCGACUUCCUUACCAAGCGGCUAGCUGAAGAGCCACACUGGCGCUGUGCGAGGAUGGCGGGAAUGUCCUUGAACUAGCGACGGCGAAACAAGCCGACAGUCUGAGGGGGAGUGUGUUGGUGCAUAUUCGUUUGCACGUCAUCCUGUCGUCUGUUCGCAUCAUUUCGUUGCAUGUGUUUUGUGUGCUACGUUGUUUGUAUGGUUUGUUGGGUUUGCAUGUCUUUGCAUAUUCAUCUUGUGCUUGUGCAGAUGUGCUUGGAUUGUACAUCAGAUCGAGCGCAUUCCAACGAGCCAAGAAUUGUUGGAAUCGGAGCACAUAUGAAGAAGUUACGAAGAAAUGUUUGAUGGAUUUGUUACAACUCAUUGGAAGUCCUUGGCAGCUGCUACACCAAAGUUGGAGAGCCCUAAAACGAGGAGGGACCAGCAUGUGUGGGACUUUUGUCCCCACCUUGCAGCUGCAGCACUUGGGGUUUGGAGACCAACCUGGCACAGUGUGAAUUUUGUCUUGCCAGGCUGGCUGAACCUGAGGAUGGGGAGUCAAGACUUUGACUCUUGUCAUGUUCUUGACCAAGGGCCUCCAGGGUCCUUCCCUUUCAUCCUUCCCUUCCCACCCCACCUUCCAACUAUGCUUCAAUGCCUUUUCCAUCAUGUCUCUGAACUUGUAAGCUUCAAUAAUAG